ACGCUCCUGCAUGUAUAGUAAUUUUCCGUCCUCACAAUCUUUGGUCUAACACGGUGCCAUACUGGUAAAAAAUUUAUAAUGGAAAUUCGUUCGAUUUUUCAAAAUAGAAAAUCCCUAAAGUCCACCCCGGUUCUGUUUCUGCAAACGUGCUAUCUUCUUGGAACGAUCAAGGCCAUUGGCGUAUGUUUACCAGACGCGGAACGGAAUUUAAAUCUGACCCCAACCAGCGCUGGGCUGGCUCUUGGGUUAUUUGAUGCCCUAGCAUUCGGCCCCGGCCCAGCUGUGACGUACUUGUACCAGCGACUCGGUGGAAACCAACGAAGAUAUCUGGUGAUGACAGGUGCAGUCUUGGCAACGGGAGGACUCCUUCUUGUAUCAUCGGUCACCAAUGGCAUUGAGCUGGCUCUAUGCCUUUCAAUUGCUGGAAUGGGUUCAAACAUAAUGUCUAUUAGUAUGGUGAUAACCUUGAGUAGCCAGUCUGGCGAUGCCUUUGGAGUCUUCUACGGCAUUGGCAAAUCAGGAUAUGCAUUCGGGAUGGCCCUUGUGCCACUGCUUGCUGAUUACCUGAUGGGUAUAUACGGCUGGAGAGGGUCCUUACUGAUCCUCGGAGGCAUCAUGGCACAUCUGAUACCUUUGGCAUUGAUGGUGGACUUCAAGGAAGUGGAGGACGAAAUGGUUGGUGAUAGAAACCCACAUAAUCCUGAUAGGAUGACGGAAGAGCUCUUGGAUACGAUCGACGAGGAAUCAACGUGUGUGGAUUCAAGUAAGCAGAUAGAAUCGCUUCAUCAAUUUGGCAAGCCUGCACCAGCAAGAUCUAUUUACACCAACGUUAGGUCAGACUGUGAUAACAUUCGAGAUGAAAGUUCAAGCAACACGCAUGAGGAUUUCAACGAAGACACACGUGGGGAAACAUCUAUGAUGCUAGAAUCCCCUUCACGGCAACACAUUAAGAAAAUGGGUGAUAAGCCGGGGGCAGGUUUACCCAUCAUCGGUCGAAUAGACUGUUCCAAACUGUACGGCGAUGGAUGCCAAACCUUGACCGACUCCAUUUACAAUCAGGAUCGUUGGAUGAUCCUUCUUAUGCUAGUUACUCUGGUAUAUGGUACAAUGAACGGUGGUUGGUACUCCUUCCUCAUCCCACGCGCGGUCGCUCUCGGCGUCCCUACUUCCAAGGCUUUGUGUUUCGCUUACGCAGCAGCAACCGCAGCUUUUAUUGGACGCUGCUUCAGCGGGGUCAUUUUGAAGUAUAUCCCCAUACCAGGGCAAUCCUCGUUUCUUUUCCUGACUUUCCUCAACAUAGCGUCACUCCUUGUGGAUAUUUAUGUCUCUAAUUUUGCGGUAAAGAUCGUGACUUCGUUUAUUACGUCACUGACGAUUGCCGAGAGGAACAUCCUGGUAUUGGUCAUUUGCAAGGACCGGGCUCCUCUUUCCGACUUUCCGGUCAUACUGGCUUCUUCCGAGAUUGCGUUUGGUGUUGGAGCCUUUCUGGGAUCUUCCUUAACUGGUUACGUGGCAGACGUAACAGGAUCUUUCAACGCUUCAUUUAUGUUCAUCGCAGCGGUCGAUACGAUGGUUUUCCUCCUCAUGCUCCCGCUGAUAAUCGCAGACAGAUAAGCAUGGUGUACCGGCUUAAGUAUUUAAAUGAGUAGAAUAUGAACCUAUAAUACUUAAUUGUGUGUCUUUAUAGUGAAACCUGCCCGACCUCCGUCCUGCCUAUCAUCUGAAUGAAAUUUUUCGGUUUCCCCCUUUCUCUCGUUCUGUCGCUCUAAAUUCCAUAAAUUAAUCGAAUGGCAAACUUAAUCUUUGGGUUUAACACUGGCCUACCCUAAACCUAACAUAAAACCCUAUUGCAACCCUAACCCUACAUCCAAGACAAAAUUAAGCACGGAGCAAUAUUGACCCAGGAGCAAAUGUUGUGACACCAUUAUGAUAACCCCACUGCACAAUUUUUGUAACAAGUCUACUAUAAGCUAAUCAGAUUGAAUGGUUCGCAGUAGUUUUACGCUGUUAUUGCAGAUUUGCUAUUAUAACAUGUAAAAUGAAAUGGGCUGGGGACAGAACUAAGAAUACAUCCGAUUAAACCCAAAUUAUAAGGUUUCUUGGCCAAUUCAAAGUUCCCCUGAAAUCUUAACAAGGGGGAUUAACCCCACCCAACAUUUUUUUUUUCAUUCAAUAAACGUGUAAAAAAUGUCAACAAAGAUACCAUCUGAUCCCCCGCGCACACUCACACACAAACACACACACAUACACUUUCAAAACCAUUCCACUGUGCGUAAUUUUGGUUCCAGGACAAUUGCUCCAGCGACAAUUGUUGCUCCGCUGUAAAUUCCAUACACUAAAGGAAUGACCCAUUUCAACCCUGGAUUUAACACGAUACCCUAUCCUUUAAACCUAAAAAUAAAACCCUUUUGCAAGCCUAACCCUAUAUCUCAGACGAAAUAGACCCGGAACAACUGUCGGCGGAGCAGAUGUCGCGUCACCGUAAAUUUAUAUGGAUAAAGAUAAUGAAACUCGCGCACCAGGGUGGCUCGUUUGAAAGCUGGAGAAUUGAAGGGGAAUGAAACAUUCGGAACAAAUGAACUUGUGUGGAAAGAGAUAAAUCAAAGAAUAAGAUCAAAUAAAUUUUGAUAAAAAUCUAACAAAUACAGGGAAAGUUAUGAGCAUUUGAAUAUUGCGAUCACUAAUGCUAUGGAGAUCCUCCUAUUGGCAAUGCGGCAAAGAUUUGUGAUGUCACAUGUGAACAACUCCCUUUGAUGGACUAUAAAAUACCACCAAAAUGUCUCUUUUUGCUCUUCUAUUGUGCAUCGAUCUAUCCAACUUGUUUAAAAUGGCACGCCCUAAUACCAGGAGCUCCCUUGUUGUGCAGGACACAGUGGAUGGCAUCAUUAGUGACAGAAAAUUCCUGAACUUUAUUAAAAACUUUGUUUCUGAAUCAAUCUCUAAUAAGCUGGUUCAACUGCAAAAGAGGAUAGAUGAAAAUGAAGGCAAAAUUCUUGAGUAAUUAAUCAAACCUCCAAAAGAAGGAUGAAGAAAUUGUGAGCCUAAAAAAAUAACUCGAGUCAACAAGUGAUCAAGCUGUGGCAAAUCAAAUGAAAUAUGAGGAACUUCAUCAAUAUGGUCGCCGGAAUAGUCUACGGAUAUUUGGCAUC